AUGACUGAGCCUCCAGCCUUCCUCCGGCUACCCGCCGAAACCCGCCUUCAAAUCUACAGCCACCUGAUCCCAAAAGACGUCCUCGACGUUGAUAUUUGCUCACCAUGCCGUUCAGCAGCGCAGCAAUCUGGAGCUUCCUCACGACCCGGUGCAAGCAUCCUCGUAGCCCAACUAUUCGCCAGGGAAAGCCUUAUCCGCGAUAAUGGUCUUCAAAUGCUCCUCGUCUGCCGUCGAACAAGAGACGAAGUACUCCCCUUCCUAUCCAAACUGACCGUUUGCUUUCAUUGCACCAAAUGCUUCGAAGAGCUUCUGAGCAAUAUGUCUCACGGCUUAGGCGUCGGCGUCAAAUGGAUGAAACACGUCGAAAUUCGCUAUCGGUGUGAGGAUUCCAACACCGUUCGCAGUCAAUUCGGCUGGAGAUUGACGACAGAGCUGAGCAAAUUCAUGGUUGCCGAGGCAAUGUUUGCCCUCAAGCGCACUGCAUGGCUCUACUAUGGACGGCUGGAUCUCUUGGAGCGGGAAAAGUGGAAGUUUGAACCAGUACGCGAGGACACUUCAGACGCACCUGAUCAGGUCACGCCCAGCAACCAUGUUAUGUUGGCGCCUCCGCCUGCUGCUCAUCCAUAUGCCAUCCUUCCACCUGUUGGACUCAAUCCACCGCCAUCGCGACGACAUGUCAACAAGGAGUGGGUGAUAAGUGGAUGGUUCGACACUUGA